GAGCGCGGCAAAACAGUUGCAUUUGGUGCUUCGAACGGUUCAGAUCGGUGACGACUUGCACUAACUUCUUGGGAGCGCUCGAGGACUGGUGGUUUGAUUUGUGAUUCGAAAGGAGGAAUUGGUGAUUUUGUUUUGAUUCCCGCGUUCGUAGUGGCUGACCGCGUUGAAGUCUCUUCCAACCGGUUGGAACAGUUGGACUGAAGACCGAGACUGUGCUGUGCUGGUGAUUGUUUGUGUUUCCCAUCGAGAAACGUUCCGGCUUAAUAGUUACUGGUUAGUGGAAUAGAUUCGUUAACGUUCCGGUUCUAGGAUUUCUCACACCACAAUCACGCACUGCCAUGCCGGAGAUAGAGGUGUUGCAACCUUCCACACCGGCACUUCAACCGGCACCAUCGGUGAAAAUGAGUAGCGCCACUAGCAGUUCCCACAAGAGCAACACCUCAAGCAGCAAGCCGGUAUUGGAACUAGAUCAGCCGCCGCCACCACUGUUUGCCGACGAUGAGAAGAAAUCCAGCAAAAUCCAAGAACUACGAAAGCUAAUUGAAAAUUGCGAUGAUUUCAUACGUCGCAAUGAUGAUUUGUUUUUGGUUAGGUUUUUGCACUGCUGCGACUGGAACGUGGAUGCAGCUUACCAGCGGAUGAUCAAACUGUUUAAAUUGAAGCAUGACCACCCAGACUGGUUUGUUGAUAAACCUCUGCUCCAUUAUGAAGGAAUACUGAAACGGAACAUUAAGUUUGCCCUGGAUAAGCGAGACAAAAAUGGGCGCCGGAUAUUCGUCAGCAAAAUGGGCAAUAUGGACAUUAAUACAUUCGCAGCAACAGAUUUAGCUCACCUGGACGAACUGUGGUUCGAGCUGAUGUUGAACGAAUUGGAGACCCAGAAGAAUGGUAUCUCCUGUUUGAUCGACAUGAGCGGCUAUUCGAUCAGGAGUAUGCGGUAUCUAACUCCGACAAAUAUCCGAAUUGCCACGCAAAAGGCCGACUUGAUGCCGCUGAAGCAUAUGGAAUUCCACGUGGUUAACUCUUCGGCUUUUAUGAACGCUGCCGUCGCCAUCCUGUACCCGAUGCUGAGCAAACAGAUCAAAGAUUCGGUCCAUUUCCAUUACUCAAACUGGGACUCGUUACAUGCUCAGCUGGGAAAGGAUGCGCUGCCAGCGGAAUAUGGUGGCACUAACGGAGAGACGUUUGACUACGACAUGCUUAACAGGCAGCUGCUGGAUAUGGAACACCAUUACGACAGUUUGGUUCGGUUCGGGUACGAAUUGAAACCACACGUGGAUCCCAGCAAGUAUGCAAAAUUUUUCCGCAAUGUGGAUAAGAUAAAGGGAAAUAAGCGGAAGAACAAAUCCAAGAAAAAUGAAGACGUAGAAGAAUAGUGACAAUGGAUUCUGUACAAGGUUAUAAAGGUAUAUUGUUAAGGUUUAAUAAAUUUAAAAUGUGAUAAGUGAAAUCUCAAAAGAAUACUGAAUGGUUAGUUUUGUUAACUACUAUAAGUUCAAUACCUUAGAAGAUUUAACUAAACUUAAGUUAUAAAUUCCAUUUAAUCAGUUAGUCAAAUGGUGUCAACUUAUAAAGUACUAGUUUCUACAGUUUUAAUUAAUAA